CCAUGCAAAACCUGCUUCUCCCCAAUGCCGCCGCCGCCGCGCCCUGGUGCGCGCAGCCGCGGCGGCGGCCAUCCCGCCUCUCCGUGCGCGCCUCGGCGUCGUCACCGUCGGCGCCUCGGCGGGAGACCGACCCGAGGAAGCGGGUGGUGAUCACGGGGAUGGCCGUGGUGUCCGUGUUCGGGAACGACGUGGACGCGUACUAUGCCCGGCUCCUCGCCGGGGAGAGCGGCGUCGGCGCCAUCGACAGCUUCGACGCCUCCGGGUUCCCCACCCGCUUCGCCGCCCAGAUCCGCGGCUUCUCCUCCGAGGGCUACGUCGACGCCAAGCUCGACCGCCGCCUCGACGACUGCCACCGCUACGCCCUCGUCGCCUCCAAGAAGGCCCUCGAGUCCGCCUGCCUCGCCGCCGGGUCCAGCGCCAUGGAGAAGGUCGACAAAGAACGUGCCGGCGUGAUCGUCGGGUCCGGCAUGGGCGGCAUCACGGCCUUCUCCGACGGCGUCGAGAACCUCGUGACCAAGGGGUACAGGAAGAUAUCUCCCUUCUGCAUCCCGCACGCCAUCACCAACACGAGCUCCGCCAUGAUCGCCAUGGACGCGGCCGUCGGCUUCCGGGGCCCUAACUACUCGAUCUCCACGGCAUGUGCCACCUCCAACCACUGCUUCCACAGCGCCGCCGACCAGAUCCGGUUGGGCCGAGCCGACGUCAUGGUCGCCGGUGGCACCGAAGCCGCCAUCAUUCCAAUAGGGCUCGGUGGGUUCGUGGCGUGCAGAGCGCUGUCGCAGAGGAACGACGACCCCGGCACGGCGUCGAGGCCGUGGGACAAGGACCGCGAUGGCUUUGUCAUGGGCGAAGGAGCCGGAAUACUGGUCAUGGAAAGCCUCGAGCAUGCAAUGAGACGCGACGCUCCGAUUCUGGCGGAGUACUUGGGAGGCGCCGUAAACAGCGACGCUUACCACAUGACUAAUCCGAGACCAGAUGGCUGCGGCGUGUCGGUGUGCAUCAGGCAGAGCCUUGAAAACGCAGGCGUCACACCAGAGGAGGUCAAUUACAUAAAUGCUCAUGCAACCUCAACCCCCGCUGGAGAUCUUGCAGAGGUGAAUGCUUUGAAGCAAGUUUUCAAGGACCCAUCUCGGAUUAAACUGAACGCAACCAAGUCAAUGAUAGGGCAUUCCCUAGGUGCAGCGGGCGGUUUGGAGGCCAUCGCUACCAUCAAAGCAAUAACCACCGGAUGGGUGCAUCCUACUAUAAACCAAUUUAACCCAGAGCCGGAAGUUGAUCAAUUUAACACGGUGCGUAGUGUAAAGCAACAGCAUGAAGUACACGUUGGUAUCUCCAAUUCAUUUGGAUUCGGAGGACAAAAUUCAGUGGUGGUAUUUGCGCCAUUUAAGUCCUAA